GAAGAACCAUAAGAAAAAGGAAGAGAAAAAAAGAAGAAAGGGAAAAUGGAAUCUUCUACCUCAUCCUCCGCCCUUCUCCUCCAUGGCCUCGCUUGUGCUUCUCCCUCGAAGGCGCGACCUUUCUUCGUUUCCCCCGUCAGCCCGUCCUCCCCACUCUCGACCUCCAUCUCCAUCAACGCCUCCUCUCCACGGCGGCUCUUGCCCCAUGCUCCUCGCGCUGCCGGCCGCGGCAGUGACAAGGACAACCGCGUGCAGGAGCUGAGGGUGCCUGAUUCUUGGCUCACGCCCACAGGAGCAGCACAGGAAUCCGAAUGGCUGAGGGGAACGCUGCACAAGUGGCUGGACGAUGAGUACUGCCCAGAGCCGGCCAACGUGGACAUCAGCAACACCGCCGCAAGGUCGUACCACGAGUCCCUGACGGCGAAGCAAUCUGACGUGGGAGAGAUCCUGAUGAAGAUGGUCGGGGAUCUGCAGGAGCUGUCGUACCAGGAGAGCUUCCACGGGGCCUUCUCCGCCGCCAACGCCGCGGUGCGUUUGAUAACGCAGAGGAUGGAGCCGUCAGCCGGUGAGUGAUCGUUGACAGACAGACCUGGCCGAUCGGCAAUGGGUGGCUCAAGUUGUCUGGCUGCCCCGACCAUCCUUGUGUUUAGUGCUUCGGGGUUGAUGCGGCAUGUUUGUCCACGGGAAGGCAAUCUGCUUUGUUUCACUGGGAAAAUGCUGUAAUUCGCAUGCAGAUUAGCUUUGUGAAUUACCUGGCGUUGCGUUGGCGUUGGCGUUGGCGUUGGCAAGUGGUCUGUUCAAUUUGAAUCCAAGUGACAUACCGUGUCCUGCUCGA